AUGGAGAAAUUGGUUUAUAAUUGCGUAUCCUGCCAAAGCAUCCGAUCCGAUCCAGUCGCGGUUCCUGUACAUUGUUGGGCACGACCGGGUAAAGUCUUCGAGCGCCUGCAUGUGGAUUACGCAGGUCCAAUGUAUGGCAAGUAUUUAUUCGUCUUGGUAGAUGCCUAUAGCAAGUGGCCUAUUGUAAAAAUUGUAAACAAUAUGACGACCGAUACAACUAUCUCCGAAUGCCGAGACAUUUUUGCAACUUUUGGUAUACCGAAUAUAUUAGUAAGUGAUAAUGGCACCCAGUUUAACUCUAAAGAGUUUCAAGCGUUCUUGAGAACGAAUGGCAUAGUGCACAAGCAAGGUGCUCCCUAUCAUCCGGCAACGAAUGGGCAGGCCGAAAGGUUAAUACAGACAGAUAAACAGAAGCUGACAGCAGCUAUGACUAAACCAGUCUCAAUGCAUAAAGAGUUGCAAAACAUUUUGCUCAGCUACCGAAGAGCAAUCCACCCGACUACAGAAAAAAGUCCAGCCAUGGUUAUGUUUGGUCGACAAAUUUAA